GGGGGUCUCUUUGGUUAAUUGCAGACUUGACUUGAGCUCCAUGUUUGUCGGUGACGUCCUCUGAUCAUUUGUUUACUUGCCCGCCACCAGAGACAGGCAUUCUGAUCAUACCAAAUUUGCCAAAAGCAUCAACAUUCCUCAUCAUCAGAAACCAAAACAAUCUACAAAUUCCAGAACCGCGAUCCCACGCGCCGAGUUGGCAUCUUUUUGCAAGCAUCUCUUUUUUUUUUGCAAUUCCAACCCUCGGAGCAAAAGCUCACCGAUCCCCGGUCGAUCCCCCUCCCUCCCUUCAAGAUGUCUGUCCCGCCGCAGAUAAUCCAAGUUAAGCGCAAGAGAAACGACGAUGGGCCAGUCACUUUCCUACGCAUCGAACAAAGCACGAAGCGACACCGCAGCGGCGCCUUUCUCUACCAGCGGCGAGACCCCGAAGCCGCCCUCGGAGCGGCACCGGUAGCGAAUGGCACCGCCGGCCAGCCGAGGGAUCAGGCAUCGACCUGCGCGCCGACCAUCACGGCCACUCGACCGGGCGACGAGAACCUCCCGCUAGAUGCGGUCAAGCGGUCACACGCCGCAGCCAUCGGAGAUGGCGCCGCUGGCAAGCCCACUACGCCCCAAAAGACACGCCUGCGCCAGGCCGUCGGUGCCGGCAGCCCAGGCGGCGGCGUCGAUUCGAGUCCGCGGGCCCUCCGCGGGGCGAGGGAUGCGGCGGCGGGCGGGAUGACGCAGGCGCUGCCCACGGUCCCGGCCAGCGUGACCUCGAGGGUGAUGAUCGAGCCGCGCAGGUUCCACCUUUCUCGUAGGCACAUGGCCGAGAGGCAGUCUUCGAUGAACUCGCGGGUCACAAAGUCCUCGGGUACGUCCAAGGGCAUGGGUCCGGCGACUUUUGUGGAGAGGAGCAGCAAGCGGAAGCGGACCGGUGAACCAAAGACACCGAUAACGGCUACGUAUCCAGGACAGAGGACACCACCCAAGGUUCUUGGGGCAGACGGCGAAAAGGGGAUGGAGGGUGACGGGGCAUCAGCAGAGGCCAAGACGGAGGAUCGCAAGAAGCUGAAAAUGCCGUCCAAGCGAUCCGCCGUGUCGAGACCAUCUGGGCCUAGGCUGCCUGACUCUUUCGUCAACCGUUGGGAUACGGACAUGGAUCAGCUUGCACGGGAGAUGAACGACUACACUUUGGAGCUGAUAGCAAGGGACCUGGAGAAGAUCAAGGAGCGGGACGAGGCAGCGGCACCAAUGUCAAACUCUGCCAGGCAGACGCCGGUCAAGAACAACAACAACGCGCCCCUAUCGACAGCAUCCCCCUCGCCCAGGAGAUUCAAGCCGCAAGCUCCCUCCAAACGCUAUGCGGAGCGACAUCCAGAGGAGGCAGCCGCCGCGGCUGCUGCUGCUGCUGCUGCGGCAGAGGCUGAUAUGAGCAUGGAUGUGGACGACGCGAGCGACACGGAGGAGGAUGAAGGCGACUACAUAAUCGAAACAUAUGUUCGCGUUGCCGCCGACAGCAUCACGACCGAGGCGACGCCUGAUCAAGUCGGUCUGCUAGUCUUGGACAAUGAGCCUGAUAUCGACUACUUUUACGGCGAAGAAAGCGACAGUGAGGAGGAGUAUGAAGACGACGAGGACGAGAACGCGGAGAAUUAUUACACGGCAGACUACCCGGAUGACGAGGUGGCUUCGGGUGACGAGUUCGAUCGCGACGCGUACCUGUAUCAAAUGGGCAUGUCUGAGUUUGACGGAGGUUCGGGAUCGGACAGCGGAGACGACGACGAAGACGGCGGCGUCCCGGGCCGUUUCAAAAUUACGAUCGGCCGUCCACAGAAUCUUCCUCAGCUUUACUAGGGCGGCCAAUUCACCAGAAGCAAAGGAAAAGCAACGCUCACCGGUUUUCAAGUCAUGUUUCAGUGUUUCACAGCAAGGGGGAGUCGUGGCGAUGUUUUUCUUGACGAAGUGAGGGAUAAAAGAUGUAACCCUGGUCUAAUAUCCAUCCAGCUCUCUGGAACCCUGGAUUCUAUUUGGGUUCUCGGUUCUCGGUUCUUUGGUUCUUCCUUUGUCGAUCCGACAGCGGCGUCUCGAAGCGAGAGACGUGAAUUACUGGUGUGUACUAUAUAAUAAAUGCAUAGCGAGGUUCUUGUAUAGCACUUUUGUAUGGAGAGGGGCUACUUACUAUAAUUCGAGAAAAUUAUCACUGCA